CUUGCGUCUUUGGUAGAAUUGUUACACAUUCAUGUUGAAGGAAAUCUAAACGUUGGAUUGUAAACUAACAUUUUGUAACAAGUUCGCGAGUCAGUUGUAUUCGCAAAAUUCGUCACAUUUAUGUGAUUUCAAAUAAAUACUAUAACAGUUAAAUUAACAUCAGGAUAACAAUUUAACAACAAAUCGACUUACAAUUGAUGCUUUCUGGAAGGAACUUAUUACUUUUGUGAUACAAGUAUGAAAACUCAAGCAAUGAAUCUUAAUCAGUUGUUGGAUAUUGACGAUGCCGGACUGCAGGGGUCGGGCAAGGGGGAGGGGGUGGACUCGAAAUGCUCCGUCAAGUUGGAGGAACGAGAGCUGUGGGCCAAGUUCAAGGAAUACACGAAUGAAAUGAUUGUCACCAAGAAUGGGAGGCGGAUGUUCCCAGUAUUCAAAGCCAGUCUGAACGGCCUUGACCCCAACUCCAUGUACACGAUCCUGCUCGACUUCGUCCAAGUUGAAGGUCACCGCUGGAAAUACGUCAAUGGCGAGUGGGUGGCGGGCGGCAAGGCCGAACCCUCCGUCCCAAACUGUGUAUACGUGCAUCCGGACAGUCCAAACUUCGGAUCCCACUGGAUGAAGGAGCCCAUCUCAUUCAGCAAAGUGAAAUUGACGAAUAAGAUGAAUGGCGGCGGACAGAUCAUGUUGAACUCUCUGCACAAGUACGAGCCUCGGUUGCACGUUGUCAAGGUGACGGCGAACGCCCAGAAGAAGCGGAUCAGCUCCUUCAACUUCCCCACAACGCAGUUCAUCGCGGUUACAGCCUACCAGAAUGAAGAGAUCACUGCAUUAAAAAUUAAGCACAAUCCGUUCGCCAAAGCAUUCCUUGAUGCCAAAGAAAGACCCGACCAAAGAGAUUUACUGGAUGAUAACUUGGACAACCAGAGAUCGCUCUCCCACUUGACGGGGACCUGGUACCUACCACCAGGGGGAGGCUUGGUGCCGCCACCCGCACACCAGUUCCCAAACGCCCUCAACCUGUCCGCGCCCGCGCACUGCGACCGCCUCUCCUUCCGAAACUCCCGACACAACCCUUACUCGCACCCCUACCAACGCCGCUCCCCGCCAGGCGGAAUUUCCAGAGAAAUGGCCCAGAAUCUGCCUUGCCUCAACAUCGCUGACAACUGGCCUCAAUUUUCAACCAGUCCGAGCAUGCUUAGUGGCAACUCCGUUGGCACCCAGUCUCAAUACGGAAUGUGGAUGCCCGGAUCUACAAUGCCGGGAAACAUCUCGCCCAAUCAAAACUGUUCAAUGCCGUAUUUGCGGAAUACCGGAUAUCCAAUACCAUCAACUUCUAGUCCAACACAUACGUCUUCUGGUUCCGGUUUAAUGUUUUCAUCCAACUCGUUUGAGCAAUGUGACAUCUCCAAUUUUAUUCCAACUCCAUCCAGGGAUAUAUCGAGAAAUAGCAACUGGAGUCCACUCACACCACCCCCAAUAUGAUUUCUGUGUGACAUAUGAAAAACUUGACUAAGUUCAGCUUAAACUGUGAUAGUAGAGAGUAAAUGAAAGCAGGCCCCAAAAACUUCAACAAAGAAUAGUUUUGUAGUAGAGAAAAAGUGAAAUCAGGGCAAAAAAGGGAGCAAAUGAAAUAAGGGCCCUAAAGCUAGACCAAAGAAUAGUUUUUUAGUUGAGAGAAAGGGAAAGGAUGACUGCAAACGCUUGACCAAAACAUAGUUUUGUAGUAGAGAUGUCAUGAAAGAAGGGCCCAUAAGCUUGACCAAAGAUGAGUAUUUAAAUUGCUGCGGUAGAAAGUGUAGUUAAGGUUUAUGCCAUGGUGCUUCGUUAAAAGACAUUUUAUGUUGGAAAAGACGGAUUUGAAUAAGGGUAAGAGCGAUCAAGAUGUUCAGUUAUAUAUGAAGUGAGAGUCACAAACUGAAGGAAAAGUGUACUUGCAAAAAAAAAUAAAAAAAAACUGGCCCCUGAAGCUAAAAGUAUCGAAUUGUUAGAAUAAGUAUUCAGAAUAUUGACGUACAAUACGUGCAGUGGCAAGAUGGUGAUAUUGACUUCAAGGUGAAUUAUUCGUCGGCAAGUCUAUAAAAAACUGCUGAUUAUUUUCUAUGCAUUGAAAUUCUUUCUUUUUAUUCAGCCGAAAUGGCCUUUUUUUACAUCAAUUUCAUUUUUCAUUAUUAUUCAUGAACCAUUAUGAUUGUUAUGUGCUAUUUAAGAAUUGCUAAAUAAGUAUAGAACUUGUGUAUAUAAGUGUAAAUAUGUUCUGUAUUUGUUCAUCUAUAUUUGUAAACAUUUGUGAAUAAUGCUGCAGAAUUGUAACUAUGAAAUCAAACGUACGGAGAAAUGAUUACUUUCCUCUGCUACAGUGCGUACAAGCAGACUUGAAUUGAAAUAUAAACCUAUGUUGAGGGCAUUUUUGUAUAAAGUUAUGCAUUAAAUCAAGACGAUUUCUA